UUUAUUGGUCAUUUCAUUGGCUUCCCGACCAGCCCUCUGUGUCUGUUGGGGACUUGGCGCAGGUGCAGAAGAGCGGUUCCCAGCGAGAGGGUGCAGCGGAGGGGGCUUCAGGGAGCCCCAGGCUGCGAGGGUGGGGGUGGUGGCUCCGGGAGGACGAGUCGGGGCUGAUGUACCCGCGCGCCCCACCUCCCCGUGCGGGGAUUCCCCUUCUCCUGCCGCCCGCCUGCGAAGAAAGCGAAAGCGAAAGGGGAAGAGGCAGCCCGGAGCCGGGGAGUAGGGUUGGAAAGGACAGCGCCAUGAAGCUCCUGUCCUUGCUCGUCGCCGUGGCUUUGGGCUUAGCGACCGCUGCCUGGGCUCGACCCGCGGCGCUCGAGUGCUGGUUCGUGGAGGAUCUGGGCGGGGGCGCCCUGGAGAAGAGACCCGCGGCUCUGCUGCUGCGCCAGGGCCUCGGGGCGCCGCCGCCCCGGCCGGACCUGGACCCCAAGCUCUACCUCGGAGUGGACGACCCCGCGGGCGCCCUCCUCGCCGGCCUCCGCCGCCUCCUCCGGGGCGACCCCACGCCGCGCUGCGAGAUGAGCCGCUUCGUGCCGCUCCCUGCCCCUGCGAGCUGGGCCCGCAGCCUGAGCCCAGAGGCUAGCUGCCCGCGGGCCCUGGACGGGGAGUGGCUGAUGGUCAGCGUGAGCGGCCGGGACCUUAGCCUCUCCAGUCUCCUGCGCAAGCCAGCGGAACUCCAACCGGAGCCUGUGCUCAUCACCAUGGCAACAGCCGUGCUUACUGUCCUCACCCACACCCCUGCUCCCCGAAUCCGGCUGGGACAGGAUGCCGUGCUGGACCUGAGCUUCGCCUAUGCGCCUCCUACCCCUGAGCCUGCUGCCUCCCUGGCCCCAGGCCCCCCUCCCUUUGGGCUGGAGUGGCGACGCCAGCACCUGGGCAAAGGGCACUUGCUCCUGGCAGCAACGCCUGGGCUGCAUGGGCAGGUGCCAGCAGCCCAAGAAGGGGCCGUGGCUUUUGCCACUUGGGACGAUGAGCCUUGGGGCCCAUGGACUGGGAAUGGAACCUUCUGGCUGCCUGCAGUGCGACCGUUUCAGGAGGGCACCUACCUGGCCACAGUGCAUCUGCCAUACCUGCAAGGACAGGUGGCCCUGCAGCUCACUGUGCACAAACCCCCCGAUGUGUCCCUGACGCCUGCUCCCCUUGUUUGGGCCACCCCUGGGGAGGCACCCCCAGAGCUGCUCUGCCUUGUGUCCCACUUCUAUCCUCCGGAGGGCCUGGAGGUGGAAUGGGAGCUUCAGGGUGGCCCGGAGGAUGGCUUCCAGAAGGCCACAGGGGAGAAGUGGCUCUCGGCCCUGCACCACCAUUCUGAUGGCUCUGUCAGCCUCUCUGCACACUUCCGGGCAGCCCCUGUCACCACCAAGCACCAUGGGGCGAGAUAUGCCUGUCGAGUCCGCCACCAGAGUCUGCCCGCCUCGGGGCGCCGAGCCUCAGUCACAGUGGAAGUGGCAGGCCUCUCCGGGCCCUCACUGGAGGACGGUGUGGGCCUCUUCCUGUCCGCCUUUCUGCUCCUUGGACUCAUCAGAGUGCUGUCGGGGUUGAGAACACAGUGAAGGUGCUCCGCCAUGAUCCUGGAAGCUACUAACAUCUGUGGCCCAAAGUACUGUAGCAUCUUCCCAGAUAGCACUGUCAUCUGCUCCCACUCCCGUCUCCCAAACUCUCCACUCAGGAGCCUGGGAAAAAAUUUUUAAAAAGACACAUUUUAUGGCAGUCACCUUUUUAAAGCUCUUAAGGCAGUGCUUCUCAAAUUUUUGAUCUCAGGACUUGUGAGAAAAUAUCCAAGAUCCUAAAGACUUUUUACUAUGUUAUGUGGGUUUUAACUACUGAAAGUAUUUAGAAAACCUCUUGGUUUUCUAAUUGUUCUGUCUUCCCUUUUUUUUUGAAACAGGGUCUCACUAUGUAGUUCAGGCUGGCAAUCCUCCUGCCUCAUCCUCUCAAAUGCUUGGAUUACAGGCAUGUGCCACCACGCCCGGUUAAAACUGCUGAUAUUAUGCUAUAACCUGAAAACACGUUAGCAGAUGCCUGUACUCCCAGCAUUCUGGGAGGCUGAUGCAGAAUUCAAUGUUGGGGCUCAGCCUGGGCAACCUGAGAACUUGCCUCAGAAACUAAAAAGGGCAGGUGAUACAGCUCAGGGCACAGUCCUGUAGUCCCAGCACUCAGGAAGCUACCCUGGGUUAUCCUGCCAGUGAGACUGUCUCAAAGAAACAGAAAAAGAAGCACAUGCUAUAUUCAAUAGGAAUGCCACGGUGUUUCCGUCUCGUGUAUCUGCUGAAGAAUCUACCGCGUAUGUGUGUGUGUGUUUUCUGGUUUUGGUCGUUUAGAGACAGGGUCUUGCCAUUCAGUUCAGGCUGGCCUUGAGCUCACUCUGUAGCCCAGGCUGCUAUUAAACUCGCAAUAGGUCUCCUGCCUCAGCCUCCUGGGAUUACAGGAGUGCACCACCACGCUCGGCUCCUUAGAACGCGCUUAAAGAAUUAGACACAAACUCAAAUUCUACCUUGCUAGGAAAAGCCCGGAUCUCAAGUAGUAGUCCCUGCCACAGCCUUGGGGCAGAGACCACGCUUGGAGAAUCGUUCUGGGGUCGGAUCCAUUCGUGCCCGCCCGCGUCCCUGGAUACCUUUCGGGCCCCACUUGGUAUCCGGCCGUGCCCUUCGUCUCGGUGCACCGCGGCUUCCCUGAGCAACUGGCCGGCUCGGCCUCGCCCUUCCCGGGUACCACAUUGAAGCAAUCUCGCGCGACGCUGUUAACCUUUCGUUUUCCUUCCCGCCCGCGUCCUGCGCGGAACGUUCCGCGUGCGGGUCCGGCAGCGCCCGCCGGAGAGCGUACUCGCAGGCCGGAAGCGGCUGCUUAGGAGAGGCGGGGCUGGUCCUGUGCGAAUAAAGUUGUGUUCCAGCGCUA